AUGUUCCAUGAGGUGCCUGGCCUAAUUGCUGCACAUUUGUUCGUACAGGAAGUUUAUCUGAUCAGUGAAAUAUCUGCGCUUGUUUUUCUAACUGCAUUGUUGAUCUACAACAUCAAAAAUGAUGUUGUUUUUGUUGAUGAUAAACAUUUGAUGGCGUUGUUCAACGAAUAUGGUGUGGACAUUCCGGACAUUCCGGAUGGUUGCAAAUUACGAAUGGGUGCUGAAAUUUUACGAUGGAUCGCAUGGAUUGUGUUGAAUGCCGUUACAUGGCUGAUAAUUGGUUGCGCUUUGGAUCGUGUCGCUGAGAAACAUCACGUCUCGAACAAUCCAACAGCUGAUAACAGUAGUGAUCCGGCUGCUGCUACG